AUGGAUCCAGCUGCCUACGAUGAUUUGCUGUUAGUUGGUUCACUGUAUCAUGGGUUCAACAGAGGGAGGCACCUGCGUCUCUCAGCUAAUCAGGGGUUUGAAGAGAGACAGUGGUUAAAUAACGAAGAAACCAGUGCUAUGAUGCUCAACCCGCAGAUCUUCAGAAACCCACAUGGUGUGUUACUCGAUGAUCAGGCAUUUACUGUGGACUGUUAUUCCCUGCUGGUUGAUACGGAUGAGUAUGAUGGAAUGAUGGCACGUUCUGGCCCCAGAGCUCAGCAGCAGCAGUUCUGGCCUUACUAUGGUUCAGUUGAUCAUCAUAAUCCCAUGAAGCGGGAAUAUUUUGCUGGCAUAAGCAAGAAUCUUGCUGCACACAGAGGCUCUGACAAUGAAGAAAUCAUCUGCAAGAAGUAUGAAGUGAAAGGUGCAUACAGGUGCCGCCGGCGAACAAUCCUGCCAGAUAACCUUUUUGCUGUAACCGGCAUUCACCCCCCUGUCCCUAAUAUGAUGGUACUGCAAUACCAGCUUACUCCAGAUGCUCUUGUAGCGAACCGUCUGCACCAGGCUGACCUAAUGGCAAUUCAUGUCCAGCAGCAAAGGGAUGAGCUGGGCGAGGGUUUGAUACCUCUGUACGGCGGCCCUGCAAGGCCACCUGGUCUCCUCUAG